AUGAAUAGCCAAGAAUUGUUCAACUUGGUCAAGAACUCCAAGUUAGCUCAGGUGGCCACACCUCUCCUGAAGAACAUAAGAGGCAAAUCAGCUGUUCCCACCCACCAAAUCAUCUACACUCCCAAAUCCUCCGCCAUAAGAUCCAACUUCGGGAUCAAGACCACCUUGCCCAAGCAGAUCGGAAACUCCCACAUCGCCUUCAAUGACAUCGACAACUACAAGAACAUGCCCGACGUCGAGAAGUUCUCGGGAAAGUUGCAUAACCGGUUGAAGUUCCAAGAAACCGGCUUGGUGUUAAGAAACCACUACAGCGAGUCCAACCCAUUGUUUCCUUCCAAACAGAACCAGUCGAACUCCAAGCUCAAUGAUGACAGCAUCACCAACAGUCUCAACUUACACGGAAAAGUAUCUCCAUCGAACGUCAGGGCCAUCUUGAAGGAAAACAAGGGAAUAUACAGAGAGUUCAGACAAUGGUUGUCCAAGAACCAACCUCAGGCGUUGCUUUCGCCAAUGUCGCAGAGUACUACCCUUGAGUUGUUGAAGAAGUUCUUAGCCUCCAGCGAAAACGUGACCAGAAAGGGUCUCAAGUUGCAAGACUUGAUCAAGGCUGACGGUAAGGUCGGUUCUACUGCUAUCAGCACCCAUAUCCAGGGUACUGGUGGUUUUUCAUACAACCAGAAGGGAAGAUUGACCAACACACCCAACGGUGUUAAGUACGGGGUGGUUGCUCCAGGUAGAUUGGUGGGCACCAAGGAAGCUGCCAUCGGUGGUUUUGUUGCCGGUGUCAAUGAACGUACUACCUUGUUACAACACAACUUUGCCAGAAAUUCGCCUGGUAAGCACUCCAGACAAUUCAUCGUUCCAUUCAAGGUCACUGAGGCCGAGAUCUCCGAGCAGGGCUCCAUAAAGCUCUAUGCAGAUGGUGUCAAGGCUGGUAAAUGGAUGCAAUCCUCCAACAACGAAUCGAUUGACAGGUCCAGGUACGAAGCCUCCAAUCCAAACUUUGGCUCUGCCAGUGAAAGAAACAAGGCUGAAGGUGAAAACUUGCAGAGAUUAUUGAACUUGAUCAUCCAGUGA